GCCCCGCGCGCUUCACCCGCCAGGUUUUGCCUGAGCCCGCGAGAGUCUGGCGAUGGAGAGCCCAGAUGAUGCUGCGGACGGCAAACGGCGCGUCCACUUGCUCUCUGGCUCGCUGCGUGACGCCGCGCCGGCUACGCUGCACCUCCUGCCCUGCGAGUUUCCGGUGAGCCGGCCCGCUCCGGUGGAACGCUUCUUCACGCCCGCCGUUCGCAGCGGUGCAGACGGGCUGCAGGUGUCGUUUCGGGGUCGCUGCCUGCGCGGCGAGGAGGUGGCUGUGCCUCCGGGAUUUUCGGGAUUCGUGAUGGUGACGGAGGAGAUCGGAAAGGGGCUGAUAAGGAAGCUGAACACGGGGGACGCGGAAGGCAAAACGAACAAGGAGGAACCGCUGGCGCGCGAUUUCGACCGCUCCAUCGGAGCCACCGGCAGCUUUAGCCACUUCACACUGUGGGGUCUGGAAACGGUCCCCGGCCCGGAUGCCAAAGUGCACAGGGCCCUAGGUUGGCCCAGCCUCGCUGCAGCGAUUCACGCACAGGUGCCUGAGGACUGAGAGCCAGAGCAUGAAAAUGAAAGCCACAGAUCCCUUCACACCAGUAAACCAGCAAUAAGUUCACUUUGGAGCCACUGUUUCUAUCCCAAUAAAUGAGCUCUUCCUAA